AUGGAACAGCCAUUCUCGACGUCAAAAGUGACUGUCGAGUACUUCGAUCCUCACGAUGUUUACAAGCUCCUCGCCCCGGGAUUGAUUCCUCGUUUGCCGUUGCGGAAUCUGAACUGGCAAUCGCAUGCUGGACCUCUACGAUCUAUCGACACGCUUCACGUUGAGCUUCUUCAGGGGGAUGGCCCUGGAUCAGCUUCUUCUCCUCACACCCUUCGACGAUCAGGGAGCACUCUCGACGAUGGGUUUCAGCAGCAGAACUUUGGUGGUCAGGCGGCUUCUGCUGAUCAGAUAGACACGCAGUCUUUGCCUUCGAGGGCAAUUGGGAGUCAACGACGACAUCAAAUUCCUGGUUUGCGACGGACACCGUAUCUCAAGGUGCUACUGGUGAGAUGCGACGACAAUGAAACAUACAAGACCUCCGUUCGUGCCGAAAUUCGAGAAUGGAUCAAGACUCAGAUACCGUCAUCAAGCAACCCGAAACGAAAUAGCAAACAAGAGAAGCACGAUGCGUUCGAUUACUUGAUUCUACACGUUGUCCUUCCGAAUACGGUGGCGUCGACGCAACCGAGGACCAGCUCUCGCUCACAGGAGAAUUCAGAAAAGUCAGCUCCGCGAUGGCGCACUGGCUCGACACCGCUACUCGAGAAGCUUCGAACCGACUUUUCUGGCCUUGGAAAGACAGCACCGGAUCGAGUUGCACAGAUCAGAAUUGGAAUCAAUGAUCUUCCGUACGAUCAGCUGCCGAGAGUGGUUCCUGCGGUGCCGACAGGGUACUCGGAAGAUGAGCACGAUGCUGAAAAUGCCUGGGCGGAGCUCAUUGCCAAGUUCAAGAGCCUUAUUCUCACCUCGUUCGACUCGCGCGUGACACAGUACGAAGAAGAUAUUAAAGAAAAAGACGGUCAGCGAAGCUUACCGGGAUGGAACUUCUGUACUUUCUUCAUCCUCAAAGAAGGCUUGGCAAGAGGCUUUGAGAGUGUUGGUCUAGUAGAGGAUGCCUUGGUGGGAUAUGAUGAGCUCAGUGUUGGACUCGACUCUGUUGUCAAUGAGCAAGCUGAUGAAGGUUCGCCAACGAGACACGGAGGCGCCAUGCUCAGCUACACCGAGGACCUCAAGGAGAUUGUCAAAAGCUCUCUCGCCAAAGCACCAGGUGGAAACACAGAAGACGAAGAGGCUGUGGAUCUUCAGUCGAAUGAGACUAUCAAGGAGCAGUUUGAUGAGAUACCCAUCAGUGCUACCAAGAAGGCUUAUAGAGACAAGAUUCUGGCUAAUGAUGUCUCUGUGUUUGACUUCCGGUGCUAUAUCUUUGCACGACAGAUGGCACUGCUCUUGCGGCUUGGAAACGCUUGGUCAUCAAGGGAGGAUCUGCUCGACAAGUUGAAGGAGCAACAAGACUCUGUCUUGCAUGGAGUCGCACCUCUAGCACCUCCACCAAAGCAUACCGAGGAGACGGAAAAUCUUGCAAGCCUGGGUGAGAUAUGUCGAAGGACUCUACAGUUCAUCCCGGCAGUGUCGCAAAUUAUGCGACGAGACAUUUUGACUGCUGUGGCAUCUGAAAAGUCUGACGAAGACGACUCUCCUAUCGAUCCCAAUCUAUCAGAAGUCAUUGACAAUGUAGUCGCAUCAUUCGCAUUCUCAGUUGCUCAACAGAUCCUCGCACAAACAGCAUCAAAAUCCCUUCCCAUUCCUCCCUCCACUCUUGCUCCUCCUCAAAGCCAGGAGCAAAAGUCCUCCAUCCCUGAACCCAAGACUAUGAUGCACCCUGCCCGAACUACGUCUCUUCAUGUCUCAACAGGUCCAGCACCUGGGACUCGUCCUCCACUAAGCCCAGGUGUGUUCCCUGGGCCGGGCAUGCCAAAGAUCAACAAUGAUCAGGAAUCACAAUUUCUCAAGGGGGGUCUUGAGGAUCUCGCUGCUAGACGCGCCGAGCUUUACAUGCUGUCACGAAGUAUCCUUGAUGGCUUGGGUAGGAAGCGCGGGUGGAGUGAUGGCUGGAAAGAGGCGCCUAUUAUCGCAGAAGCUGAGGCAGACUUUGAAGAGAUCAGUCUUGAUGAUCAGCCUGCUACAAGUGGUACUUCAGAGGAAGUACCUCCAUUGGACGCUGGUGUCAACAACAAUCUUCUCCAGACAGCCAUUGACAACCCAGAGAACUUCUACCGUCUAUAUGAGAUUCUCACAGACAAAGCCCUUCGACACUACACUGUUGCAAACCACGAUCACGCGGUACAAGCAAGCAUGGCAGAUCUUGCUGUGCUCAACUUUCAUCUCAAGGAGUACAGCACUGCUUCUUCCUAUUUCUACCGAGCCACACCAUUUUUUGGCGAGAGCGGUUGGACGUCACUCGAGUUGUCUAUGCUUGUCAUGUAUCUCCACUGUCUCCGUGAGAUGAAGUCAAAGGAUGAUUAUGUGCGAGUUGCUCUGAAGCUAUUGACGAAGUCUUGUGCGGCUGAAAAGGAGAGACUAGAGCAACGCUCAAAGAGAGUAUCGAGGGUUGGUAAGCCCGAGCCUGUGGACGCAAUGUCCAUGAAGGGUGUUGUGGGUAACUUGUUUGACCUGGCUUCUUCGCUAUCUUCACAAGUCAAGGUGCACUUGUCCAACUUCUUUACAAAUAUCGAACUUGCAUGUGCUCCUGAGUAUUUUGAUAAAGAGGACAAAUGCUCCUUGACUAUCAAUCUGUGGUGUUUGUUGCCGGACGAAAUUAAGUUGGAUGGGAUAGAUGUUCGAGCCACAGCCUCUGAGCCGGGGCCUACCAAGGAGCUGCUUUUCUCAAGGAAGGGAGACAUUGUUUUACAGCCUGGGCAAAACAGCAUCACAGUUGAAUGCACAUCUGUCAUUCCUGGAAAAUACAAGAUAGAUCAUCUUGGACUUUUCUCGAGCAACCUCUUCCUUCACUUUGAACGCGACAUCAACCAACCACCUCCACAAACUACUGAUAUCUUCAAGCAUCCUGAGGUCGUCAUCUUCCACCGAGAUGGUGCUCUUGAUGUGCAUCUUGUAGCUACAAGACACACCUCCCUAGACAAGAACAACACAUUGGACUUCACUCUCAACCCAGGCUGGAACUCGAUCAAGAGUUGCGAGAUCCGUCUCAGGCCCACUACUGGUGGCCUGCGGAUGUUGACUCUUGAAGCCCAAGUUAUCGACUCGGAUGUCGAGUUUGCAAAGAAGCCCGAGGCGGGUGGUAUCAUCUACUUCAACAAAAUCCCGGCUGAGUCAAGCGUCACUCUACGAUUUCCUUACUCAGUUGAGCAUGACAUUGCGAAUGUAUCUGCUAAGGCCGACGUCGCAUACACGCUUGAGUCGGGUCAAAAGUAUACGUUUGCAAAGUCGAUAAUCAUUCCCAUCUCUCUGGCUUUGGGUGUCAACGUGCAAGAUGUCUUCAAGCAUAAUGCACUUUACUCUCGGUUUAACGUGUCUACAGCGAGCCACAGUCCUCUUCGCUUGUAUAAGAGCGAACUGAUGCCCUCGGAUCUGUUCGAAUCCGAGUUUGGCGUUCCUCCUGCUGAUACAACCAUGGUGUUUUCGAAGCAACCCGCGACAUUACUUUACCGCAUAAAGAGGAAGACCAAUGUCAGGUCGAGUAAGCGAGCGGCGAGAACUAUGUAUUUGAAACUCUAUUACAACAUACUACAAACGGAGAUCGAGGAGGCGCUUGUCAAGUCCAUAUUUGAUGCUCUGAAUGAUCCUUCCUUGGCAUCAUUCUCGAAACUCAUCACAUCGCUAGUUGUGAGAGAAGCCAAGACCCUGCAGCCCAUUGACCUCGAGCGAGCCGCACUUCUUGGCGCAGUGCCUACUGCCUUUCUAGCUGACGUUCCUUGGGAUAAGUACUUUGCUGGCAUUGGACAGGUACCUGGAACGCAAGUUGAUGCAACAGAGAAGAUAUCGACUGCUAUCAGGGAAUGGCAAGCUUCCAAUCCUCGAAUUACCAUUUCAGCAGCGCAGCCUGAUAACCCCUGCACACUCCUCAUCCCAGUUGAGAUACCCUCACUGCCUAUACUGCAUACCGCGGAUAUUGAGCUGCAAACUCCGGUCACGGAAUUAAUGGAUCAGAAACCGGGAGCUGUCCCAACUGUGGCUGUUAACCAGAUGCUCGCUGCUACGCUGCAUCUUAGAUGGACGCAGAUCUGGGACACUGAAAUGCAACACAAGAAAGACACAGAGUAUAGCUAUGAAGUCGCAGCCGCAGGAGAUACAUGGCUUCUCGGUGGUCGUCGAAAAGGUCACUUUGUCAUUCCAGGUUCAAAGAAGGACCCCCUGUCCUCAACAUCCGACACAGAAGCUGAGAUUCCACUUAUCAUGAUUCCUCUUCGAGAAGGUUGGCUCCCAUAUCCUGGUAUUGAGAUCCGAGAGGUCAAAGAUGGAGUAGAGAAUCAGACUCAGACUUGUGAAGUUGACUUUAGGAAUUUGGGAGAGUCGAUACGAGCCGUGAGUGAGAGGAAGGGUGUGACGGUUAGCUUGGAUGCAAGCGGACCUGGAGGAGGACCGUUGGUGUUGGAGAGUGAAGAACCAAAGAGGGAAAGGGGAAGGAUAGUUGCUUAG